CGUGUGACCCUCCGUGCUUCCCGGUUCUGUCGCUCUUUCCUGCGCCCUUCGGAGCGGGACCCUGCGGACGGGCCCGCGCCGCGUCCCGGAGCCUGCAGGUCGCCAGGGGGCGUUCCCCACGGCGUGUGACGUCAUCCCCCCGCGACGUCCUUCUCGGCCGGUUCCCUGGGCACCGCCAUAUUGCGCGACGAGGCCGGCGGGCGCAGGAAGCGGCGGCGGAGGAGUAGGGGGCGAGGGCCGCCGCGUCGUCCGCCAUGUCGGAGACCUACGACUUCCUGUUCAAGUUCCUGGUGAUCGGCAGCGCCGGCGCCGGCAAGUCCUGCCUGCUGCACCAGUUCAUCGAGAGCAAAUUCAAGCAGGACUCCAAUCACACCAUCGGGGUGGAAUUCGGAUCGAAGGUGGUAACCGUCGGCGGCAAAACGGUGAAGCUACAGAUCUGGGACACGGCUGGGCAGGAGCGAUUCAGGUCUGUUACUAGAAGCUAUUACAGGGGUGCAGCUGGGGCACUUUUAGUGUAUGACAUCACGAGCAGAGAGACCUACAAUGCCUUGACCAAUUGGCUAACAGAUGCCCGGACUCUGGCCAGCCUCAAUAUUGUAAUUAUUCUGUGCGGCAACAAGAAGGAUUUGGAUGCUGACCGGGAAGUCACUUUUUUGGAAGCUUCUCGUUUUGCUCAGGAGAAUGAGCUGAUGUUUCUUGAGACCAGUGCCUUGACUGGAGAGAAUGUAGAAGAAGCUUUUCUGAAAUGUGCACGGACCAUACUGAAUAAAAUAGAAUCAGGUGAGCUUGACCCGGAGAGGAUGGGCUCAGGUGUCCAGUAUGGGGAUGCGUCUUUGCAGCAGCUGCGGCAGCCCAGGAGCAGCCAGGCACAGACGCGGCAGCAGUGCACCUGCUAGGGCCCAGGUCCCCACCGGCUUGCAAGUGCUGGAACUCCGCUGCUCUGGAUCCAGGGCUACAUGAAGCCUCUCCUUCUGUUUGGUUCUGCAAAGCAACAGGCCUCGUGGGCUGAAGACCCUGCCGCACCCCCUUCGGUGGCUGCUACGGCCACCGCCGCUUCCUUCCCCUCACCUUGCCUCCCAUCCUAAGGAGAAAUGUUGUGAGUUUGGCUGUCAGGUUUCCUAGCAGAAGGUUUGCACCAGAAGCUGUGGCCAGGCCCCUGCAUCUGCCCCUUUGCACACUGCGGCUCCCCAAAGAUGUGGGGGGUGCUCCUAGAGGGAGUAGGGCCUUCUUGGCCCCUUGGAGUGACUACCUCUGCGCUCCGUAGCUGCCUCCCGCUGAAUAGCAGCUGAUCCUUCUGAUUGGGAAAGAGUGUCCAUGCCCCUUCCGGGAUGCUCUACUUUCUACCUUUUAAGACCUUGAAUUGUUUCACAUUGCAUCGAAUCUCAACCUGCUUUGAGAAGUCGGGGGUGGAGGGAGCAGGUUGGAGCACAGUUGUGGUGACGGAAACUUUGGUGUUGUUUGCAGCAUCCCCAGCACUCUCCUUUGCAGGAUGGGGUCCUGGGAGAGUGCCUCUCCUCUCCAGGUUCACUUGUGCAGGAUGGCGUUUCCAUGCCUUGUUUCACUUUCCGCCCCCUCUUCUGCUUGGCCAGUGCCUCUGCUUGCACCCCUCUUUUCCUGGGGCUGCAGUGGCUAGGCCAGCCCAGGCCAGUGGGCAGGUUGGCUUGGCUUUGGGGGGGGGCUGUUGGCCUGGAGUUGAUGGAGCGAGAAAUGCCUACUUUGGGCAAUUUCUGUGAGCUCCUUUGUGGGUGAUUUGCUCUGGGCUGGUCCAUAGCAAGGAAGCCACAGCAUCGGCAGAAUAAUCUCCGCUUCCCUACUGGUGUGGGAAGCCGUGGGGAUAUUGCCCCGUUUUGGCAAGUUUGGAUCCCCUCAUGCUUUCAUGUAUUGCAAGAUGUCCGUAUCUCUAGAACCUUUGACCAGGUGCCAGCAUGAGAGGCAAAAGUCCCACGGUUGACAAAGCACCUCUGACUUCCAAAGAGCACAGCCCUGAGUUUUGUCACAUGAAGUGGAGAAAAAGAAUUGCAGGCUUGACCUGGCAGUUCCUGUUGGCAGUUACUUUGGCCAUGGAUGGCUGCCCCCCUUGCAGGAAGGGGAGGUGCUCUGAGUUGGGGACUUUUUCCUCCACCUUCCCCUCCCUUCCUGGUUUUAUCAUCACAUCAUGGGAAGGUCAGAACCUAGAGGUGGGGGUCUACCUCUGUUUUCUGCUAGAAUGUAGGCAUCACUGCCUCUUCUGGUGUUCUGUUUGGAUUGAUCUGGGGAAGUUUUGCUUCCUCUCCUGCUGAGCCCUCCCCUUUCCCCUGCAAAAGAAAGGCAGGCGAAAAGGCUUGGCUUUUAUUUUUAAGUAUAAUGUUUACCUUUGUUAUUUAUUCUUCUGUGUCAAGGGCAGGAACAGGCUGGCUUUGCAGGUGGUCCCUGCCUUCACUUGCCCUCCUGGGUUCCCUCUGCAGAUUAUCCCUCUCUGGUCCUGCUUUGAUUCCCUGAAGCUUUGGAGGAGGAGGGGGGGGUUCUUUGCACAGGCUUUCCAUCCAGAGGUGAACAGCUGACUGUUAUAAGCAGUUUAUAACCUAAAUCUUCCGGUUUAUUUUGUUUUCCUAUAAAUGCAAACAUUCCCUCCAAUUUCAAGGCUGUGAAUAUGAUACUCAUACAUAAAACAUUUUUUUUUCUUUUACAAA